CGGGUCCCGUCUUCAUGGAUAGCAGACUCCGAUGACCAUUUGAUGACCCGACACGGUUACCGAGCCCCCAUCUGGCCCUAAUUCGUACCUGCGAAGGUAGCGCCGCGCCGGCGCCGCUUCCAUGGCGCCCAAGGCCAAGGUGAACCCCAAGCCCUCGCCUUCUCCGACACCUCCCGCCGCCCAGUCCGUCCCCCUCGAGGACCUCUUCGCUGCGCUCCAUCGCCAUGCCCAAAACUCCGAGUACGAGCUGGCCGCCAGGGUCGCGGAUCAAGUUCUCGCGAUCGCGCCCGGGGAUGAGGACGCCCUCCGGUGCAAGGUCGUGGCCUUGAUAAAGUCCGAUGCGAUCGAUAAGGCUCUCUCCACCAUCCAGGCUUCUCGCCAUCUGCCUAUACAUCUCAGAUUUUACGAGGCAUAUUGCUUAUACAGACAAAACAAACUACAUGAAGCACUGAAGGUAUUGGAUGGUCAAGAAAGAAAUUCUAUGAUCCUCCAGUUGGAAUCUCAAAUUCUUUAUCGUCUAGGAAAAAUGGAUGCUUGCAUGGACAGCUAUGAGAAAAUUCAAAGAUUCAAGAUUGACUCCUUGGAUCUAAAGACAAACAUCAUUGCUGCCCUAAUUGCAGCUGGAAGGUCUGCUGAAGUUCAGGAAACUAUGGAUGCACUUAAAGUCAAGGCUACUAGUAACUUUGAACUUGCAUACAACUAUGCUUGCUCCUUGAUCGAAAAGAAAAAAUAUGCAGAGGCUGAGCAACAAUUACUUUCAGCUCGAAGAAUUGGUCAGGAAAUGCUAAUGGAGGAGGACUAUGCUGAUGAUGAGAUAGAAACUGAACUAGCUCCAAUUGCUGUCCAGCUUGCAUAUGUGCAUCAGUUACAGGGACAAACUGAAGAAGCAAUAGAAGCUUAUAUGUCCAUAAUAAACCGUAAUCUGUCUGAUGCUUCAUCACUUGCAGUGGCGACAAAUAACCUGAUUUCACUAAGGGGUACAAAGGAUGUUUCGGAUAGUCUAAGGAGGCUUGAUCGACUAAUAGAAAAAGGCACUGGUGCAAGGCAAUUCCAACUUGCCAACAGUUUAGAUUUCAAGUUAUCCACGAGACAAAAAGAAUCUCUGUAUGCCAACCGUUUGCUUUUACUUCUUCAAGCAAAUAGGCUCGAUCAGGCUCAAGAAGUCAUCUCUGCACUACCAGAGAUGUUCCCAGAUAGUGUAACACCUGUCCUGCUUCAAGCUGCUUUACUUGUUAGAGAGAAGAAGGCAGCAAAAGCUGAGGAAGUACUUAUACACUAUGCAGAUAAGUUUCCUGACAAAUCCAGGCCAGUCCUCCUUGCUCGUGCUCAAAUUGCUGCUGCCGCUGGUCAUUUUCAGAUAUCUGUUGAGUCCUUGUUGAAGAUUCCUGAGAUCCAAAACAUGCCUGCAACUGUGGCGACACUAGUUUCAUUGCAAGAGCGCAUUGGUGACUUUAGUAGUGCUGCUGCAGUGCUUGACUCUGCAAUUGACUGGUGGAAAAAUGCCAUGACCGAAGAAAAUAAACUUGAUUUGAUCAUGCAGAAAGCUGCAGCUUUUAAGCUCAAUCAUGGACGUGAGGAGGAGGCUUCACAGUUAUAUGAAAAACUUGUCAAGAGCCAUGGCAAUAUCGAAGCUCUGGUGGGUCUUGUAAUGACGGCUGCUCACACUGACCUUGAGAAAGCCGAGUUAUAUGAGAAGCAGUUGAAGCAACUUUCUGGUUUGAAACAACUGAAUGUGGAGAGUCUAGAGAAGACACCUGGUGCAAGGCAUGUUGAAGGUGCACAUGCAGUGAAGGUAGAAGUUCCCGAGGAUGUAAAGAAAGCAAAGACAAAGAAAAGGAAGCGGAAGCCCAGAUACCCGAAAGGAUUUGAUCCAGCAAAUCCAGGGCCUCCACCAGAUCCUGAGAGAUGGCUGCCGAAGAGAGAGAGGUCAAGUUAUAGGCCCAAGAGGAAGGAUAAGAGAAGUCAGAUUCGGGGUUCUCAGGGAGCUGUGGUUAGGGAGAAGCAUGACUCCAUUGCCCCAGCAACCAGCAGUUCAGUCAAUGGCCCAAGUUCAAAAUCAGGCCAAAAUACUUCUAGCUCAUCCAAAAGUGGGCCCCAAAAGGUAACAAGCUCUGAGCAGUCGAAGGCUUCCAGCAAGUCAAAGAAGAAAUCCCGGUCUUAAUUUCACCGAAUGCUUGUGUCAGUCGCGUUCUAAAAAUUUUCCAUCUUUUGUUGUUACUUUGGGAUUUCUGCCACUGCAGAGGUUUGCUUGAUUUCUGUGGAAUAUACUCUUUGUUUUCUGCCGGAA